AUGGGCAACGACACACCCUUCUCAGACAACGGCAACGAGACGACGAACUCAAUCGGCAAAACCAACGGUCUUCAAACUGGAUUUUCGGCUACUGAUUUAUCAAAUUAUGGAUGGGCAGAGCAUCAGAUCCUAAUUGAAUCUGAUUCUCAAACAUUAGUGCAGAUGGUGUUGGGUCAGGCAGAAGUUCCAUGGAGACUGCAGAUUGUUAUGGAGAAGAUUCGGUGUUUAUUUGGCAUUUUACAGGUGCAAAAGCUAAUGGAAUUGCUGAUUUUUUGGCAUCCUUUGCUGUUCAAACUGGGAGACAUACUGACUUUUAAGUCAGUUAUGUUCUUCCACUUGCUGGGAGGCUGUUUUGCAAAGGGAUCAGAGUUCGCUGCCUACAACAAGAUUGAAGAAGGUUAUUAA